CGAGGUCGGUCAUUCAAGCGAAAUGACCGAAAGUCCCGAAUAUUAAUAUGGCAAACAGAGAUUUUAUUUUCCAAUCUCAAGUUGAACAUCAAAAUAAAUCCCAUAUUCUGACGCUUACUAAAUGGCAGUUAAUUUGGGAAACUACAUCUAGUCAAAAUGCAUCAGGAAGUCAUGUUACCGAGCCAUUGCUGUGCCAUGAUGCAUGUCUAGAUUUGAAAGAGGUCGUUGGUGUCAAACCCAUCAAAAUUCCAUCAAAAUCUUCCAUUGUUAGUCUGAAAAAAGCACACAAAGUUGACGAAAAUGUACCAUAUUGUAUUGAGAUGCAACCCAUUGGCCCUGUGGGAUUUUCUGUGUAUGUCAUCACACGAGCAGGUGGUCAUAAGUGGCGAUGUAAACAAACAUCAUUUCAGUGCAAAGACAGCAACUUAUGUCAGCAAUGGAUUAACAUGAUCAAGGAAGCACUUAGAGCUCCGGUAUUUAACAGACCCCAGAAGUUGGUGGUAUUUGUAAAUCCAUUUUCUGGAAAGAAGAAAGCAGUGAAGAUAUACAGAGAGAAAGUUCUACCUCUUUUUGAAUUGGCUGAUAUAAAAGUUACACUUAUUGAAACUCAAAGACAGAAUCAUGCCAGGGACCUUGUGAAGGAUUCAUUAGAUCUCAGUGAUGUAGAUGGGUUGAUUUGUGUAGGAGGGGAUGGAAUGUUCUCAGAAAUACUAAAUGGUUUGUUGAACAGAACUGAACAUGAUAAUGAAGUAGAGGAGACUAGCAGUUUUGAUCCUGUACCUCCAGAUAUACGCAUUGGUAUUAUACCAGCAGGUUCUACAAAUACAAUUGUAUAUACAACAACAGGUGUUAGUGACGUAAUCACCUCAACCCUACACAUUGUUUUAGGUGACAGUAUUGGAAUAGAUGUAAACUCUGUGAAUGUAGAUGACCAGUUUAUACGAUACAGUGUCACUAUGUUAGGGUACGGAUAUAUGGGUGACCUUUUAAAAGAUAGUGACAGUAACAGAUGGAUGGGACCAAAAAGAUACAACUGGUCAGGAACAAAAAAAUUUCUGGCUAACAAUGCAUAUUAUGGGGAAAUAAAGUAUAGACUUUCAUCAAACAGUGACAGCCACCCUACAGAUGAAGUUAAAUGUGUAGCAGGGUGUGAUGUAUGUUACCGUGCAAUGGAAGGAUGUAGCAGUAGUUUAUGUGAUAGCAAAAAUGAAUCUGUGGAUUUCUCUGCUGGCGGAGCGGAUCCUGAAGGUUCAGGUAAAUAUUACUUGCAAUACAACAUGCGUUACAGGCUUUUGUAUAUUGGCUUUAAUGCAUCUAAUCAAGAUGAAUGGCAUACUGUGAUAGGGAAGUUUGUUGCGGUAAACAUGGUAACAAUGAGCUGUAGCUGUGAUUUAAGUCCUCCAGGCAUGUCCCCGUAUUGUCACCUUGGUGAUGGGUGUAUGGAUCUCAUUUUAGUCUCUGACUGUUCACGGAUAGAUUUCCUCAAGUUUCUCAUGAGAACUGCCAAAGGAGAGGAACGUCACAAAUUAGACUUUAUACAAAUGCACCGGGUGAAAGAGUUUACAUUCCGUCCACUAACAGAAGAGUCAGACCUAGAUAGCAUCUCCAGUAGUGAACAACUGUCACCAAGUAAAAUAGCUAAAUUAAGGCGACAGACUUCCCGAACCAGUGUCUGGAACUGUGACGGUGAAGUGAUACAUCACCCAAAAAUAAAUGUCAGGGUGCACUGUCAACUGGUAAAGUUAUUUGCACGAGGUGUGGAGGACCUAAACGCCACAGUGGACCAAAAAUGUGAAACAUGUUGCAACCCAACGUUUGAGAAAUUGUGAUACAAAUUGUCAUUAUGCAAGCUUAAAAAGUCGGUGAUUUUCUUCCAUAUGGUGUACAUUUGAUAAAGAAAUGAAAUAAUUCUGUUCUUGCAGUUGGAUUUGGGUCUUGCAGCCAGUUAUGUUGAAUGGCAACUUGCAGUUGAAAUAAUGGGGAUUUAUACUCUUUAGCUUAUAGUUUUCCAACUUGUACAAAAAGUGGUACAUCUGUUUAUUUCUUUUAUGAUUGUUUAAUAUGAGAGAAAGUAUUUGAAGAUUCAAUAGGGCAAUAAUAUUGGUGUUAAUCUUGAUGCAAGUUUAGAUUGUAGUUUUGUUAUUGAACAAAUAGUGGCAUGGUUUUUAAUUCUCAUAAUUAGCUCAUGGAAAAAUGUCCUACAAUGCAAACUUUUAUUCAUAUUAUUUUUUAGGGCCAUUUGCAGGAAAAGUUUAGCACAUGUAGGUGCUCAUGAAACAUUAGUUGUUAUUAGAUGUUUCUUUUUAAAUGCAUAUACAUUUAUAUGUUGUAAAGAACAUAGUUAAAUGCCCAGUUAAGAUUGCCUUUAGUUAUCACAAUUUUCCACAGUUCUGAUGAAAAUGUAACUUGAGCCGUGCCAUGGGAAAACCAACAUAGUGGGUGUGCGACCAGCAUGGAUCCAGACCAGCCUGCGCAUCCGCGCAGUCUGGUCAGGAUCCAUGCUGUUCGCUAACAGUUUCUCCAAUUCCAAUAGGCUUUAAAAGCGAACAGCAUGGAGCCUGACCAGACUGCGCGGAUGCGCAGGCUGGUCUGGAUCCAUGCUGGUCGCACACCCACUAUGUUGGUUUUCCCAUGGCACGGCUCACUUUUUUUUAUAAACUGACCAGAUCAAGGCCUCUUCAUAAUGUGAACUGUCUAGUCUGUAGAUACAGCCCAUACAAAUUAUUGAGGAAGAAAUCAAAAGAUCGUCUUAGUUACCAAGUAAUUUCUUGCAGUACACUUAACAAAGAUAUGACAAGAUUUUAGCUACAAAGAAAGAACACUCUUUAUUAGGAAAUACAUUGUUUAAUAAUAUUAUGGAUUUUUUUAAGCAUUAUUAAUGGUAUCAAUUUUUACUUUACUGGUGCUAUUGAAUGAAGAAUUUUUCAGUGCUUAAAGUUAAAAUUUUGCUUCAUCAUGGUGAACAAGGUGCUUCAAGCUUCAUAACAAUUAAAUUAUCUGGCUGAAUGUACUGUGAUAUCAUUUGAUUUUGUGGCACACAAUUUUGUGGUUAUGGUCAAAACAGCUUUUCAAUUUUUUAACAUAAAUGAAUAUGAAUUGUAUGUGUCAGUUGGGAGUUAUUUUUUGUGGAUUGACUCAACAACAAAAUCCAUGAAAUUAUUCCCCCAUGAAUAUUAACGAUUUCACAGUAUUCUGUUUUGUUUAAUUAUGGUAAUGUUGUAUGUUUUUAAAAGGGUGGAAUAAUACACUGAUGUCUUGUGAAUUAUUGAUCUAUGGACUGCUGAAAAAUUACGUCUUUCCAUAUGCAGGUUGAUUUUUGUGUUUAGUAACUUGGAGUCGUAAAACAGAGGAUUGUUAUAUAGCAUUUGAAGAUAAGCACCUGAUGUUCCAUUUGGGAUUUUACUCAGACAGACCAGAGUUAAGGUUCUUGACUAAGUGAAAAAAUACAAUGUCAUGUAAGGUGCUUAAUUUAUUUUGGUAAUAUCUUAAAAAAAUUCCACAAGAGUCGUGAAACCAUGUACAAUGACAGGAAUUGGGGGCACCAGUGUUAUCUAUUGUCUGUCAUUCAAUCCAUUUGUCACAGAAGUUUGCUCUGACUACUAGUGAAAAACUUACAGUGGGAUUUCAACUUAACUUUGCAGAAAGGUUCAAUAUCCAGGCUAGUUUCGCAUAUGUGACACAUUUUCAGGUUGAGUUAUUUUUAGCAAAGUUAUGGCCCUGUAAAAUUCAUUUUAAUGUUAAGUUUGUCUGGAUUUCUUCUAUACUUCUGCAGGGAUUUAAAUGAAAUUAAAGAAUUAACAACUGCGAAGCCUAGUUAAGCACAUUUUGCGGUCGUUUUUUAGCUCACCUGAGCAAUGCUCAGGUGAGUUUUUCUGAUCGCUCGAUGUCCGGCGUCUGUCGUCUGUCUGUCGUCUGUCGUCUGUCUGUCGUCUGUCGUCUGUCUGUCGUCUGUCUGUCAACAUUUAGCUUGUGUAUGCGAUAGAGGCUAUAUUUUUCAACUGAUCUUCAUGAAACUUGGUCAGCAUAAUUACCUUGAUGAAAUCUAGGCCGAGUUCGAAAAUGGGUCAUCUCAGAUCAAAAACUAGGUCACUAGGUCAAAUCAAAGAAAAACCUUGUGUAUGCGAUAGAGGCUGUAUUUUUCAAUUAAUCUUCAUGAAUAUUGGUCAGAAUGAUUACCUUGAUGAAAUCUAGGCCGAGUUCGAAAAUGGGUCAUCUCGGGUCAAAAACUAGAUCACUAGGUCAAAUCAAAGAAAAACCUUGUGUAUGCGAUAGAGGCGGUAUUUUUCAAUUGAUCUUCAUGAAUUUUGGUCAGAAUGAUUACCUUGAUAAAAUCUAGGCCGAGUUCGAAAAUGGGUCAUCUGGGGUCAAAAACUAGGUCACUAGGUCAAAUCAAGGCAAAACCUUGUGUAUGCGAUAGAGGCUGUAUUUUUCAAUUGAUCUUCAUGAAUUUUGGUCAGAAUGAUUGCCUUGGUGAAAUUUAGACCAAGUUCGAAAAUGGGUCAUAUGGGGUCAAAAACUAGGUCACUAGGUCAAAUCAAAGAAAAACCUUGUGUAUGCAAUAGAGGCUGUAUUUUUCAACUGAUCUUCAUGAAAUUUAGCCAGAAUGAUUACCUUGAUAAAAUCUAGGCCGAGUUCGAAAAUGGGUCAUCUGGGGUCAAAAACUAGGUCACUAGGUCAAAUCAAAGAAAAACAUUGUGUAUGCAAUAGAGGAUGUAUUUUUCAAUUGAUCUUCAUGAAAUUUGGUCAGAGUGAUUGCCUUGAUGAAAUCUAGGUCGAGUUUGAAUAUGGGUUAUCUGAGGUCAAAAACUAGGUCACUAGGUCAAAUUAAAUAAAAAUCUUGUGUAUGCGAUAGAGACUGUUUUUUUCAAUUGAUUUUUAUGAAAUUUGGUCAGGAUGAUUGCCUUAAUGAAAUCUAGGUCGAAUUUGAAUAUGGGUCAUCUGAGGUCAAAAACUAGGUCACUUGGUCAAAUCUAAGAAAAAACUUGUGUAUGUGAUAGAGGCUGUAUUUUUCAAUUGAUCUUCAUGAAUUUUGGUCAGAAUGAUUGCCUUGAUAAAUUCUAGGUCGAGUUUGAACAUGGGUCAUCUAGGGUCAAAAACUAGGUCAUAUCUAAGAAAAUGCUUGUUUUAUUGCAAGAGACCAAUUUUUUGGUCCAAUCUUAAUGAAAAUUGGUCAGAAUAUUUGUUUCCAUGAAAUCACUAGGUCAAACAUGUUUUACACUGUUAUGGUGUGUUUCUUAGGUGAGCGACCUAGGGCCAUCUUGUUUUUUUUCAUUUUGUUUUUUUGGUGGGUGUGGGGAGGUGAACGACUUGAGGUGGAGUUUUGGGCUUUUGAAAUGAUAAUGCUUUACACUCUAGCACCAUCAUUCUUCACAAGUUCAUAUUUACACAGAAUAUGUAUAGCUAUAAAAUCUUAAUUACAAUUAAUAAUUAGCUUGAUUGUUACAGUCAGUCAGGAGUAAUGUGCCUGUGAUGUAUCAAAAAUGCCAUAUUUCACUAUGUUUACACUUUAGCAAUAGAUCCAUACCAUGUUUUCAUAGACUGUAUAUACUUGUGAAAGCAAUUCUGUUAGAGUGCUUGUAAGGUCAUACUGAUAAUUGCCGAGUUAUGUGGUCUUGAUUUAGUGAUUUUAUAGGUGUGAUGCAUGUUACAUUUUAGUAGAUUUUAGUAGUGUGUAAUACCUAAUCAAACUUAAAAAUGGACAAUGCAACUUUCUUUCUUUUUUUGGGAUGGACCAUUUGUUACAUAAUGUAUAGUAUAACAUUCAGGUCCAGGAGUGGUCAUAAUAUUUACUAUAUGUUUACUAUUAUAUUUACACAUAUCAAUGCAAAGUGAUAUCUUUAUAUCUAUAGUUUAAUAGAUAGGAAGGAAUACUGAAAUCAUGCACAAUCUAAUUUUAAAUGUUUCCCAAAACAUCAGAGCGUUCAUUUAGUCCUUAUUCCCAUUCUGACAAACCUCUCCUUUCUCAUAUAUGUAUGCAAUCGGACAAAAAAGAACCAAAAAGGUUUGACCCCCUUCAUGCCACACUCUUGAAGAGUUUGAAAAAACAAGCAUUGUGUUCCUUUAUGGUUCAAUACUUUUCACAUUAGUUUUUGAUUUCUUGUUUUAAAAUUCUUUAAGUUAAUGCUGCCUUCAAAAAGUGAAACUCAAUUUCUUUCUAAAUUCUUAUGUCUUUAAGGAAUUUAAAAUGGUCAAAAACCUUUUAAAACACAAGAGGCCAUAUUUACUAUUUGAUCUUGAAACUAGGUUCAAUUGUUGUCUCUGUAUGAAAUGUAAGUCAAGUUUGAAACUGGGUCAUCAAAGAAAAACCUAGUGUACACUGUAUAGGCCUUAUUGUUUACUUAUCAAUUAAUAAUCUGGUCAAAAUAAUUUUCUUUAUGAAAUGUAGGUUAAGUUUUAAACUAGGGUUGUAAUCAUAAAAAACUUGCUUACAUAUGAGAGGAUACAUUUUUUUCCAGAUUUGCAUGAAACCUUAUCAGAGUGCUUGUUUUAUGAAAUAAUGGUCAAACAAAAAAAAGGAAAAAACUUAGUUAACUCUUCCACCUGAUCUGCCUGCCCGCUUAGCUCAGUAGAUAGAGCACAGAUCUACAGAUCUUUGGGUAAUGAGUUCGAAUCCCUGGACGGGCGUUUUUUUCUCCUUUGUGAUUUGAUAAAAGACAUUGUAUUGUGUCUGAAAUCAUUGGUCCUCCACUUCUGAUCCAUGUGGGAAAAUUGGCAGUUACUUGUGGAGAACAGGUUUGUACUGAUACACUAUCCAGAAACAUUGAUUAGGUUAAGUGUCUGCCAUUACAUAACUGGAAUACAUGUACUAUGGAAAAAUGGUGUAAAACCCAAAACAAACAAAAUCUACCUGAUCUACUUUAAGUCUAGCCAGAAUAUUUAUGUUAGUAAUAUCUGGGUUGUAGGUCAUUGGGGCUUGGAAUGAGGUUGGGUAAGUGAUACAUAAAUGCACUAUUGUAUCAGUAUUUUAUUAACUUUAUAAUCAUGUAAAUCCAGUAUUCUGCUGUAGAGAGAAAUUCAUGAUUCUUUUGUAUUUUAAUUACUUAAAAUGCAACUUCUGUAUCAAUGCACUAAAUGUUCUUCAAAUCAAUGCAAUUUGUGUUAUUCAUCAUGUUUUUAUGAAUACAAUCUACAAAUAACAAUGCAUGUUUUAUAGAUAGUUAUUUAUGUAUGUAAUGUUCUCUAGGAAAUUGGAACAAUUAUAGUUUUAUGUAAUUUGCAUGUACUAUAUUUUUAUGUAACAGAACUGCUAUAUGAACAAACUGUAAAAAAAGGGAUUUUAAGUAGUUAAAAUGUUCAGAGCUUCCAAAAGUCUGAAUCAGAAGUAUUGAACAACUGUCCAUCACUGCCUCAAGAGCUUUUCAGAAUAAUGCUUAAUAUUCAUAGGUAUAGUGUUUUCCUCAUAUUGGUAGAUAAACCAUUUGGUGUCUGGUCAAUUGUUGGAGAAAUGAAAAUUGAAAACUUUCCUGUCUUACUCGUUUAGAGGACAUUUUUAAUAUAAAUACUAUACUAGAUUUGUAUAGCGCACUUUUCAUGAUAAACAUGUUCAAAGGUGCUUAACAUACAAGUACUGAAAUCCUAAAUGUAUCUGUUCAAAUAUUGACUUUAAUGGAAUAGAAAUGACUUCUAAAGUGCCCUAUGGUUAAAUGAUAUUCUGUCAAACGUUUAUGUAAUAUGGUGUGACUUUUAUUUUCUAGUUAUAUAUACAUUGUUGCAAAUUCAAAAAUAUAUUUUGUUGUCCUAAUGUCUUUUAUAGUUUGUAGAUAUACAAUAGCUUCUGGGUGUCCACAAACAUGAAAAAGUGAUAUAUAAUAUCCUAAUAAUGUAUGUUUAGCAAAAGGAAUAUUUUAUAGCAUAAUAAUGUUUAAAGGGUUUUAAAUUGUAAUACAUUUCUUUUUAAUAUGUCAUUUAUAUAACGAGAACAUUGCUAUGAAAUUGUAUGGUUUGCAGAUCUUUUCUAGCACCAGGCCAUCAUAAACAUUCAUGUAUCUACUGUAAAUGUUUUUAAUCAGAAGCAUUCCAGUUCAGUGGUGCCAUCUCUAUUUUAUAGAAAUUUUAUAUUUUGAAAAUUAUUCAAAAGUACUCGAUUUUAUAAUUAUCUAUGUUGGUAAAAUGUAAGAAUAUAUGCGUGUUAAUCUAUAAUGUAGAUGAGGAUCUUUAUCCCAACCAUGGUCACUAAUACUGUCUGGCAUGGAAAGCAGCCUAUUUACAGAUUGACCAAAUUUGUAUUGGUGCGCCGUUAAACCCAAAUACUAGUAAAUAAAUAAAUAAAUAAAUACAGAAUGACCAAACUAAGAUUCCCAUUAUGAAGGUUAGAAAGCUUUUUGUGUAUGACUAACAUGACUACAGUAUUUUAUUUGAAAUUCAUGUUAUGUAUGUAUCUGAAUUUUUUGAGACAAAAAAAAACAACAGUGUAACAGAACAUGUUCUCCACUCCCUGUGUUUGUGUGUGAGUGGACGAGGGCGAAACAUAUAGAAAAUCUUCCCAUCAUUUUGGGAAUUUAGCCAUCUCACCAUUAUUGUUAAUAGUCUGUUUGACUGACUUCAUUCUCCAGUGCAACCUUUGAGAUAGGGAACUUUGUUAUCAAACAUGCCAUCUGAUUGAGGCAAAUAUUUGCCAAAAAAAAAAAAAAAUUGCUCUGUGCAUGUCAAAAGUUACAUUUUGGAUAAUUUUGGAGAAGAUCUAACAGGUGCUGGCACACAUUAAUGCAUCAGUGCACACACACACUUGUUUACAUCUUUCAGCUAUUUUGGUAGCAAUAUUGCACUCACUGCAAGCAGUCCUAGCAAAAACAAAUGGGACAAUAUUAAUUUUUUCAGAAAGGUUGGCAAUGUUGGUGAAGAUUUUCGAGAAGGUGGAAUUCCCUGUUACACUUGUAUACAAUUUUAGAAUAGGAAAUAGUGAUAUUUUUUUAUAGUUACAUUAGUACUGCACUUGUUUAUCUUUGAAGUAUUUAUUAUUUCAUUAAGACAAAGAAAAGUUAAUAUAAAUUUUGGAAGCAGAUUAAUUUGAAUUAUAUGGUGUAUUAAAGUUUCUUUUAUUAAUAAUAUACUGUCAUGAUAACAUUCAUGUUUCUUACCACAGUCGUUAUUUUGACAUAUAUGUUUCCUAGCAGAGCUGAUAUUUUGACAUCUAUGUUUCCUAGCAGAGCUGCUAUUUUGACAUCUAUGUUUCCUAGCAGAGCUGCUAUUUUGACAUAGAUGUUUCCUAGCAGAGCUGCUAUUUUGACAUCUAUGUUUCCUAGCAGAACUGCUAUUUUGACAUAUAUAUUUCCUAGCAGAGCUGCUAUUUUGACAUAGAUGUUUCCUAGCAGAGCUGUUAUUUUGACAUCUAUGUUUCCUAGCAGAGCUGCUAUUUUGACAUAGAUGUUUCUUAGCAGAGCUGCUAUUUUGACAUAGAUGUUUCCUAGCAGAGCUGCUAUUUUGACAUCUAUGUUUCCUAGCAGAGCUGCUAUUUUGACAUAUAUGUUUCCUAGCAGAGCUGUUAUUUUGACAUACAUGUAGAUGUUUCCUAGCAGAGCUGCUAUUUUGACAUCUAUGUUUCUUAGCAGAGCUGCUAUUUUGACAUAGAUGUUUCCUAGUUUCCUAGCAGAGCUGCUAUUUUGACAUAGCUAGCAGACAGAUCUAUGGCAGUCGUUGGUCCCAAAUGGUGGAACGAUCUGCCUAGCUAUCUGAAAAACAUUCAGUCUGAAGCCAGCUUUAGAUCAAAACUGAAAACACAUUUAUUUAGGCAGUUUUAUGAACAAUGAGUGUAGUCUUGUUAAAAUACAAAAUAUUCAGAAGUGGUGUAAAAUAGUUAUAUAUAUAUGUCCAAAUCUUUAAAUCUAAGUUCUAGAAUCCUGUUCAUAUUUUGUAUGUAUAUAUGUUAAAUGUGUGUUAUGUAAUUGUAAAGCGCAAUAGAAUAUUUUAUAAUUUUUGCGCUAUAUAAAUGCCAUGUAUUUGUAUUUAUUUGUAUAGAUGUUUCCUAGCAGAGCUGCUAUUUUGACAUAUAUGUUUCCUAGCAGAGCUGAUAUUUUGACAUAUAUGUUUCCUAGCAGAGCUGUUAUUUUGACAUGUAUGUCUCCUAGCAGAGCUGCUAUUUUGACAUAGAUGUUUCCUAGCAGAGCUGUUAUUUUGACAUCUAUGUUUCCUAGCAGAGCUGCUAUUUUGACAUAUGUUUCCUAGCAGAGCUGCUAUUUUGACAUAGAUGUUUCCUAGCAGAGCUGAUAUUUUUAAGUACAUGUUUCCAAAUAGAGCUGUUCUGCUAAUGUACGUUUCCUAGUGGUUAUCCUUUUCAUUGUGUAUUUUCAGUUUGUAUUUUGCUGUUGUUAUUCUUUUGUUUACGUCAUUGUUAAGAUUAAUUGAUUUUUUUUGUAAUAACAGAAUGAUUGAGUUUCUGUAAUAUUUUGUUAAAAAUAGUUUCUGAAGGUUAAUUGUAUUUGUCUAAAUUAUGUUUGAAAUAACUGCAAAGUAAAUAUUAAUUUUAUAUUUCUAGGUAAAAAGUGAGUUUUAAUAUGCAUACAUGUAUUUUGUUUCCCAUUGUUUAAGAACAACAACACUGAGUGUUAGUUUUGGAGAACUGAUCAUGGGACUUAUUCUCAGUUGAUUAAGAUUACAUUUCGGUUAAUAUUCAGUAAGAAAAAUGUGUCUAACAUCUUUUACCUACCAUUCAUGUUUAAAUAGAAAAAGCUGAUGUAAUGUAUAUAUUUAAAAUAUACAUUUUCGGGAUUUAUAUCCAUGGAUAUGUACAUGCGAGUAUAUGCAGAAAUGUUCUGGCAGUUAUGAAUUAUGAGGUCAGUUGUUAACUUUAAAUGAAGUCUAGAUCCCCAGGACAGGGAGUUCUAGCCAUGUGUGGUCUAUAUAAUGAGUCUUCAGUUAUAAGCAGUUUUACUUUAUGUAUUAUAUAAAUCCUUUCUUCCUUGGAUAUUUUGUUUAUGAUGUUUCAUAUCUCUUCAGAUAUAACAGGAAAUUCCAAUUGUUUUGUUAUCAGUAACUGGUGAAUAAAAGCUCUAUAUUGUUAAAA